AUGGGGACCUUUGACCUGUGGACUGAUUACCUGGGGCUGGCGCGUCUGGUGGGGGCUCCGCGGGGGGAAGAGGAGCCCGAGGCCAGGCUGGACCCCCAGCCAGAGCCCGCGCCGGGACCGGGGGGUCAGAGGCCCAGCCCGGAAUCCCCGCCAGCCCCGGAACGCCUGUGCUCCUUCUGCAAACACAACGGCGAGUCGCGGGCCAUCUACCAGUCCCACGUGCUCAAGGACGAGGCGGGCCGGGUGCUCUGUCCCAUCCUGCGGGACUACGUGUGUCCGCAGUGCGGGGCCACGCGCGAGCGCGCCCACACCCGCCGCUUCUGCCCGCUCACCGGCCAGGGCUACACCUCGGUCUACAGCUACACCACCCGCAACUCGGCCGGCAAGAGGCUGGCCAGGCCCGACAAGGCGCGGUCGCAGGACGCGGGGCAGCGCCGAGGAGGAGGAGCAGGUGCCUGGGGUACUGGGGGGCUGGGGGGCUGCUUGGAGGGUCCUGCCCUGGCUGCCUCGGGCAUCUGA